AUGUCUUCCACACAAACUUCACGAUCAGGAAGCUGUGAAAGCGAAGUUUGCAGCACUCCAUCAACACCUGGAAGAGACACUCAAAGCUCUUCACCACUCGCACAUACCUUGAAUCAACUUCCAGAUAUCUUGAGGUCGUGGGUUUUAGCGAGUUCAGGAGAGUCCGAUGCAGAAUGUUGGGAAAGAAUGUUGGCAUUGCAGAAGGAAUAUCAUUGCUAUCAAUCCGCAAGAAUGGAAGCAGCUGUCGAGGCUUUAGAAAACGGUUGGCUUAUUGAGGAAGUCCCUAGACCAUCUCGACUUUGCUUGGAUCUUAUCAACGAUGGUUUGAAGGCUCAAAUUCAGACAUUCGACACGUUUCAAGGAGACUUGACUCGGGUGCAACUUGACGAAAUCGCUGGAGUACGGGUUACAUUUAUUUCAAUGGCCGCUGCGAAGGCCAAAGGAAUAUUGGUAUUUUAG